AUUAAAGUAAUCACCGGCGACUUCUUCGUGCUGCAAAGAAGCUAGGGUUUAUAUUUUCUGCAUUUUCAUCAAUCUUUUUACUAAAUGCAGUACAUGAAUCACUGAUUCCACUCUCAACUCGAUUCGAUUGGUUCGAUUCAAUGGCUUUUCAGAGCAAGAAACUCAUCAACGACCCAAAUGACGUCGUGACAGAGUUCAUUGAGGGCCUUGUGGAGACAUAUCCUGGGUUGCAGUAUUUGGAUGGUUUUCCCGAGGUUAAGGUUGUUUUACGUGCUGAUGUUUCGGGUGCAAAAUAUGACAAAGUUGCUGUAAUAUCAGGAGGUGGAAGUGGCCAUGAGCCUGCUCAUGCUGGAUUUGUUGGGGAAGGGAUGCUGACAGCUGCUAUAUGUGGAGAUGUUUUUGCCUCUCCAAACGUUGAAUCCAUUCUUUCUGGUAUACGAGCUGUUACUGGUCCUAAGGGAUGCCUCCUGAUUGUCAAGAAUUAUACUGGUGAUCGAUUGAAUUUUGGUCUGGCUGCAGAACAAGCCAAAUCUGAAGGCUAUAAAAUAGAGAUGGUAAUAGUUGAUGAUGACUGUGCUUUACCACCUCCAAGAGGCAUAGCUGGACGGAGAGGUUUGGCUGGAACAAUUCUUGUUCAUAAGGUUGCAGGGGCUGCAGCUGCCUCUGGUCUUUCACUAGCUGAUGUUGUCAGUGAAGCAAAACAUGCUUCAGAAAUGGUGGGAACAAUGGGUGUUGCACUGUCUGUUUGCACAUUGCCUGGUCAAGUCACAUCAGACCGCUUAGGCCCUGGAAAAAUGGAGCUUGGUCUUGGAAUACAUGGAGAGCCAGGUGCCGCUGUAGCUGAUCUCCAACCAGUAGAUGUGAUUGUUUCUCAUGUUCUGAAGCAGAUUUUGUCCCCGGAAACCAACUACGUCCCAAUCACACGUGGUAAUAGAGUUGUACUCAUGAUUAAUGGAUUAGGUGCCACACCAGCUAUGGAAUUGAUGAUUGCUGCUGGGAAGGCUGUCCCCAGAUUGCAGUUGGAACAUGGACUUGCUGUUGAUAGAGUGUAUACAGGAUCAUUUAUGACCUCUCUUGAUAUGGCAGGAUUUUCAAUUUCUGUGAUGAAGUCAGAUCAAGCAAUUUUGGACAGGUUGGAUGCUCCAACUAAGGCUCCAUACUGGCCUGUUGGUGUUGAUGGUAACCACCCACCUGCCAAGAUACCAGUUCCACUUCCUCCACGUUUGAGUAAGAGUGAUGAGACAUUGAGUCGGCCCCUACAACUGACUCCUCAAGGUCAUAUCCUUGAGUCAGCUAUUGAAGCAGCUGCAAGUGCCGUUGUAAAUCUUCGAGAUUAUUUGAAUGAAUUGGACAGUAAAGUUGGUGAUGGUGAUUGUGGAUCAACUAUGUAUAGAGGUGCAAUGGCCAUACUUGAAGACAUGAAGAAGUAUUAUCCACUGAAUGACCCUGCAGAAACUGUUAAUGAAAUGGGAUCUUCUGUCAAAAGAGUGAUGGGAGGAACAAGUGGUAUCAUUUACAGCAUAUUAUGCAAGGCAGCAUUUGCAGAGUUGAAGGCAAAGAGGCAGACAAGAAGCUCCGCGGUGCACUGGGUUGAUGCACUUGAAGCUGGCAUUGCUGCUGUAAGUAAAUACGGGGGGGCUAGCGCAGGUUAUCGAACGUUGUUAGAUGCUCUUAUUCCAGCUGCAUCAACUUUGAAAGAGAGGUUGAAUGGUGGGGAUAACUCCAUUGGAGCUUUCAUUGCUUCUGCUGAUGCAGCAGUGGCUGGAGCUGAGUCAACCAAGGACAUGCAAGCUCAGGCUGGUCGUUCAACAUACAUCCCUGCUGAUAUUCUUGCAUCAGUCCCUGACCCAGGUGCAAUGGCUGCAGCUGCAUGGUACAGAGCAGCAAUUUUGGCUAUAGUAGAGAAAGUGUGAGGCAUCAUAAACAGAGAAAUAACAAAUAUUUUUUCAGCAGGCUUAAUUUUUGUUGUUGGAAUUAACAUGAAUUCUGUAACUAAUUAGCUUUCCUUUCCGCCUGUGCAGUCCUUGUGCAAAGUUGAGAAAGGUUACAUUUAUACAUGCCAUACAGAGUACUUACUUUAUGUCAUAAUUUUGUGACACUUUGGUGAAUGCAGGUUUCGUUAUCUUUUGAGUAGUA